AUGUCCUGGGGCCACGCCACAUCUAUGGACAUGCUGACUUGGGUAUCUGCCUCUGUGACCCCAGCGCUCAUUCCAGGCGCUACCUACGAUUGUGAAGGCGUCUUUACUGGCUGCUGGCUUCCGCCCUCUAAAGCUUCAGACAAAACAUUGCGAGUGGCCUACUCUUCUGUCAAGCAUCUUCCGUUUCACUGGAGCACACCACCUUACCCGCGAAAUGCAGCUGGUCUGGCGAUAGCAUCGUCGCUUGAUGGAGGACUUACCUGGGAGAAAUCGCCUCGAAAUCCAAUCUUGCCUGGCGAGCCAGCCGGUGUAGCAGUCACAGGCUUUCGCGACCCUUCCGUCUUUGAGCUCCAGCCGACGGUCCGGACUCCUCGCACGCCGACACCAAACCUUUACGGUCUCAUUGCUGGCGGCGUUGAGGGGUCGGGGCCUAACGUCUUCGUCUAUGAGAUUGACAUUGAGAACCCGGAAGAUUGGAACUAUCGUGGCACGUUACUGAGCUUGCCCCCGAGAUUUCAGCCUUCGAAUCAUUGGAGUGGCAACUAUGGAGUCAAUUGGGAAUGCGUCAACCUCGUCACGCUUCGUUCAGACUCAGAAACUCGUCACUUCCUCCUCCUUGGAGCAGAAGGGGAUGUGGAAAAGCAGCAGGUGAAGAGCCAGCCUCGAUCCACAGCAGCACCCAGUCGAACUAUACGGCCACAGUUGUGGUUAUCUGGAGAGCUCACUCCCACUUCUAGUGGGCUGCAACUUCGGCCACAAUACGGCGGAUACUUUGACCACGGGCCUUACUACGCUGCAAACUCCUUUCACGACCCCGUGAGUGAUCGACGUAUAGUGUACGGUUGGAUCCCAGAGGAAGACAUAUCCUUGGAAGCCGCCAAGGCAAAAGGGUGGAACGGUUCGCUUGCCAUUCCGCGCGAGAUGUUCCUUCUCACAAUACGGAACGUGGAAGGGUCUAUGCGAAGCGACUUAUCCGACAUCUUUCCAUUUGAGAUUAAACGGGAGUCCGAUGGUUCGAUCACGAUUCUUACGCUUGGGGUGCGACCCAUACAGGAAAUGGCGAGACUUCGAGAGGGUUGCGACGACGUCUCAGAGUCGAAAAAUGUCAUCACAUUGCCCAUGUCGGACCUCAUCACCCAUCAAGUCAUUUCUCAAGCUCAAUCAGCAAAUUGGGAGCUCGAGGCGAUCAUUUCGGUACAGCCAGGGUGCAAGACUGUCGGCUUCCAUGUCCGCCAUACAAACGAUCUCUCCGUCCGUACGUCCAUUACGUUUUGCAUUGACACGGAGACGAUUUCCGUGGAUCGCUCGGCCUCAACAACAGACCCAGCGGUCAAUACGUGCAUGGAUGCUGGACCGUUCACUCUCCUGACCCAGCGACCUCCAGGCGAGGAAGCGUCGCUUGAGAAACUCAAAAUCCGCAUCUUCUCCGACGGGAACAUUCUGGAGAUUUUUGCAAAUGAUUGCUUUGCGUUGGCUACCAUGGUCUAUUCCGAGAGGUGUGGUCCAAGGACGGGAGGCAUAAGUGCGUUCGCGACGGGAGGACUAGGCAGUGCCGUGUUUGAAGCCGUUCAUGUGUAUGACGGCCUAGACGUGAACAAACUACCCAGAACAGUAGACGAAGUUCCUGGCUAG